ACGAACAGAUACAUCAUUUAGCAGAGGCAACAACACACACAAUACUCCCCAAUCCCAUAGCAACACACACAACAAGUAAAUACAAAAAUGCCAACAAGCAGAAGAACUUCCUUCAAACAAUGUCCCCUCAAUUAUGCCAAGGAGCGUCGCUGGGAGCCCGACUAUCUGAAGGUCAAGUGCACCGAGCUGGGCGUGGAAAACGAGUACAUGCUGUAUCAGAGACGUCAGCGGAUCAGCUACCUGAGGGUUUUCUACAUACUGCAUAUCCUAGCCACCCUGUUUCACUGUAUAAUGAUACUAGUCUUCUGCGCUCACAACGGCCUAAUCGUUUUCGAUAUAGCCGUUUAUGUGAUAGCCACUGUCCUCAUUCUGAGCAUACUCAGCGUCAACUUCAACGAGGAGUAUGUGUCCAGUAACCCCUGGAUUCUGACAAUUACUUCAGUGCUAUCCGCCCUGAUUCUAGUAUCUGCGGAUGUCUUUCAGGGCACCUAUCAAUACUACAAAAACGACUGGAUGUUGGCCACCUCCUACGACACUUAUACGAUCCUGAUAAUCUACAUGUUCCUGCCCAUACCCUCGCUGCUGGGCGCCGUGCUGCUGGGAUCGGCGGUGUCCGUGCUGUUCAUCACGUACUUCAUGAAGGUCGUCGCCACGCGAUUCCAUUACUUCAGUAUGAGUGAAGUGGAUGCGUACAACCAGAUAAGUGUGGAUGUCAUACACUACUUUUGCUUCAACCUUCUGGGGGUCUUCUUUCGCAUCAUAAACGAGAUUGUAGUGCGCUCCUCCUUCCUGAAUCGCCACCAGUACAUAAUGGAGAAGAUCUGGCUGCGCAACGCCCGAAUCCAGGAGAAGAUGCUGCUGGACAGCAUUAUACCGCCGCAGAUAGCGAAGCCCAUUCAAGAGGACAUAAAAUCCAGACUGGCCAGAAAGGGCGAUUCGUUGCGCCCGACGCGCGUCAUGGAGCAGAUCAUGGCCAUUCAGAUCCAUCCCGAGGUCACGGUGUUGUAUGCGGAUGUCGUCAACUAUACGCAUCUGACGACCACUGUGAACGUGGAGAAGUUGGUGAGGCUGCUGCACGACCUCUACGGAAGGUUCGAUAUGGCCGCCACCCAAUUCGAGGUUCAGCGAAUCAAGUUCUUGGGCGACUGCUACUACUGUGUGGCCGGUCUGAUGCGCCCGAAUCCGGACCACGCCAAGUGCUGUGUGAACCUGGGUCUGUCCAUGAUCUCCCACAUUCAGGAAGUGCGGAUUCAAAACGAGGUGGACAUCGAUAUGCGCAUUGGAAUCCAUUCGGGUAGCGUGAUUGCUGGAGUCAUUGGCGAAGCUAAGCUGCAGUUCGACAUAUGGGGUGCGUGGGACAUUCCAGAUCAGCAUUCCUUGAAGAUAAUACUCCUCCUUUGUGCAGGAACCGACGUGACCAUUGCCAAUCUUCUCGAGUCCACCGGUGCGCCAGGCUUCGUCCACAUCAGUGGCAGGACUUUGUCGCAAUUGGAUGCUGAUCAGUACACCAUAUUUCCCGGCACGGAGAGCGCUCUGGCCGAGCCCUUUCUGCGGGAAAAAAACAUCAGAACCUACUUGCUGACGGGUGAGGUAAAUAUGGAUCCCGACACUUACCGAUUGGACAGUUGGGGGUCCUUGUCCGUGUCGGCACUGGACAUCAGCGAGAGACCGGAAUUUCACACGCAUUUUGCGACCGACGAUUCGAUUAACGAUGAGCUGCGUGAAGAGUUUAAAAAUAUGCCGGUCAGUGGCGUUGAACUUUUCAAGUCUUGGUCAGCCUGUUUUGGACGUAAGACUCAACCGACUGCCGAUCCCUCCAUACAUAAGAUCUGUCUCCAUUUUAACGAUCCCCAUUUGGAAUGGAAGUAUUUGAUGCAGUCGGACUACAUGUUUAAGUACAGCAUUCUGCUGGCCUGGUGCAGUGGCUGUAGCCUGAUCUACAUUCAGUUGAUUGAGAGCCUCGAUCCUUGCGAUAUAUGCAUUGUGAUAAACUUUUUUGCGUUCUUUUGCCUCACGGCGCUGCUUCUGAUAGCCUGGUACAAGAAGAUUUGCUGGUGGAUGUACGGUCGCAGCGAUAAGAUCCUGUUUAACAAGUCGAACUGCAGGAUAUUCCGCCUCCAUGAUAAGAUCGUACGUCACCUGACGGUGCGGGUUUGUAUCUACGUCUUGAUCUUGGCAUCGUACUUCUCCCUCAUCGUUCUCAUAAUGGUCAACUGCAAUUGGGAGGAGUUCCAGAUGAACGACAUUGAGAGCAAACUGUAUCACUACGAGAUGGAUCUGAACAUGUGCUUCCAUCCCUGGGUGGUCACAAAUAUGGUGGCCCUGAUCAUUGGCGUCAGCUUCACAUUCGCCCGCAUACCGUUCAUGGUCAAGACGGUCAUCACUCUGUGCUUCACAAUCGUCUAUAUGGUUAUUAUAUUUUUCCAGUUCGAUUUCGUGUUCCAUCACAGCGCCACCAUUAAUCCAUGGUUUCCCUCGGAAAUCGCGCAUGGCAUGCGGAUCUUGAUAACCCUAUUUAUGAUGUACCUGAAAGAGCGACAUUCGGAGUUCAACAAUAAAAUCGGCUUCGAAUGGAGCGUUGAUCUAACGAAAAAGAAACAGGAUGCCGAUGAGACCAACCAAUCCAUUACAAUUGUUCUGAACAACAUACUUCCCGCUCAUGUCGGUGGGUCUGGGGUCCCUUGGCUCUCACUGACUGGCUCUCAUCGAUCGAUUUCUCUCGCCCUUUCCACAGUCAAAGUCUACAUUAGAAACCUGGCCAAGCACGAGCUCUACUAUGAGGAAUAUAAAAUGGUCUCCGUCAUGUUUGCCUCGCUAACGAACUUUGAAAUGGACCUGCGGCACUUGCGCAUCCUCAACGAGAUCAUCAGGGAGUUUGAUAGACUGUUGAUUCACUAUCAGGAGUACUACGUGGUGGAGAAGAUCAAGAUUGUGGGCUGCACUUAUAUGGCAGCUUGUGGAUUGGACGUGAACUAUGCCGACCGCGUCAACAACUGGCUGGCGAAGCGCGAUUCCCUUUUGGAGGAGGUGGAGCAGGCCCAACGCACACGCAAGUCUUCCACUAAGGAAAGUGUUGAGAGCCACGAGGAGGUGGUCUUUGUGAUGGCCACGUUUGCCUUGGACCUAAUGCGUACCCUCUGGACAGUCAAGAAGUCCUACGAAGAUCUUCAGUGGCAUUAUGAUCGCUCUUUGAUAGUCGGUGACAUGGCCAUCGGCAUCUCCAGUGGCGAGGUGAUGGCCGGCGUUGUGGGCGCCUCUCACCCACACUACGACAUCUGGGGCAGUCCGGUCAACAUGGCUUCCCGCAUGUAUUCCACCGGCCGAAUCGGACACAUCCACGUGACAGAGGAGACAGCCCUUCUGUUGCGUGAAUUCGGCGUCGACUGCAUCUGUCGUGGGAUGACAUUCGUGAAAGGCGCUGGAAGGAUUCCCACGUACUUUGUGGCCAUUGAUGAUGAUUAUCACUUUGUGCCCGUGACCCAGUGGAGUCAAACAUCUGACCGACGGCGAUCGGUUACUGGACUUGGGUUACUUACCGACAGCUCUUCUUCCUACGAAGAUGAUUAAGGGAUGGCACUCCCUUAGCAGUCAUGGCAGAGCAAAGAUCCUCUUAUUGUAUUCAAAUUUUCUUUAAUUACAUUGAACUUCAACUUUGAA